AUGUCAGAAAGUAAGGUAACACUUGAUGCAAAACUAACCGUUGUAUCAAGCAGGCCUGUGAGAUCGGGUAUGAUCCAUAAGUUAUCGGGUGUGGACCAUGGUAUGGGUUAUCAUACUUUGCAUUUGAUAUUUUACUACAAGAACGAAGAUAAGUGGUUUGAGUCAUUUGAAUUGGAUUCGUUGAGGGGAUCUUUGUCGGAGGUUUUGUCGUUGUACCCGACAGUAACGGGACGGUUGGCCCUAGUGGAGGAAGAUGGUGGUGGCUGGGAGAUUAGGUGUAAUGAUACAGGUGUUCGGGUCAUAAAGGCUAAUGUCGAUAGUACUAUCGAAAAAUGGCUGUCGUCAUCUGCGGUUGGCUCGGAUGAGAAGCAGCUUCUCGCUUGGGAUGAUAUGCCUCUUGAUACGAGUACAUGGUCUCCUUUCCAAAUUCAGAUAAAUAGCUUCAAAGAAGGUGGAAUUGCGAUUGGAGUUAGUUGCACUCACAUGAUAGCUGAUCUAACUUUCUUAUCAUCUUUCUUCAAAUCAUGGUCACAAAUUUACCGUCUGACUCCCAUUUCUCACCCUCCUUUUAUCACUCCAAUUCCAAUCACUUCUUCACCAAACAACAAUAAUACGAGUCCGAAUUCGGGGCCAAAACCACAAACAAACAUAACCUCGGCCACUUUCAAAUUCUCAAGUUCAAUCAUAAAACACUUGACCUCAAAAUGUCCCGGUGCCACUGCCUUUGAUGUCCUCGCAGCUUUGUUUUGGACUCGUGUUACUCUUUUGAAGCCUUUGAAAUUGCAUAAACAAAAUCACUCUUUAUUAAUCUGCAGAGACUUCAGAAAGCUUAUCAAACCGAAUCUUCCGGUUGGUUAUUUCGGAAACGCUUUACAUUUUUCGAAAUUUUCACUAAAUUCUGAAGAAAUGAAGAAUGGAACAAAAUUACAAGACAUAGCAAGUUUAAUACACAUGCACACCAAAGAUGUUACUGAGAAAGAAAUUAUGUCAUAUAUCGAAUCGUUUGAGUCGCAAGAGGGAUCGACGCUGAAAUGUGUGUAUGGUUCUUCUGAGUUAACAUGUGUUAACAUGGAAGAGGAAGAGACAGAGUCUUUGUUGUAUGAAUCAAUAUUCGGAGAUAAUGAAAAACCAGCUCAUGUAUCGUGUCGUGUUGGGAAUGUUGGUGGCGAAGGUUUGAUAAUGGUGAUGCCUUCUUCAGAAGGAGAGUUUGCAAGAAAUGUGAUAGUAAUGUUGAAGGAGGAAGAAGUUGAUAAACUAUGCAAGGAUGAAGAAAUGUUGAAGCUUCAACCAACUAUUAUACUUUCUGGUUGA